AAGUUUUUUCAGGCCUGAAGAUUUUUACAUUGGAGGAGCCUUGAGGGUUUGGUCUGAUGUAGUGGGGGCUUCCCUCAGAAGUGGCGGCCAGUUGUGUCUGAGCCACAGAAGCUCUUCUGAGACUGUGUUAGCGCCCGCUCCACGUCAGCAAGCUUCUGACCCAGCAGCUCUUCUCAGAGGGCCUGGAGCUGGCUUUGGAGGCCCUCGCCUGCAGUGCACUGACUUUGGGAUGCCCCCUCAGCCUGUCAUCUCAGCACCUGCUGCAGUGGCUGGGUUUCUCCUUGGACCUUAUGGGCUUUGGAUUUGGUAGAAAAUAGCCUUGUAGAAUGUGUUGUCCCUUUUCCAGGGGAAGCAAAGGAUGAGCAGUUCUCCUUGGUUUUCCUAGCAGAACCCAGAGGCACAGGCGCUUGGGCGGUGGCCUGGCUUUCUUCUUGCUGAAAGGAAUGUACCAGAGUGUUCCUGUGAGGUGGCUGUGGGAUUCUCUUCCCUACUUCAGUCUUGGGAACCUGCACCCAGGCCUGGGGCCAUCUGCAGUCACCUUUGUGGCUGUCACUCAGUGCAUCCUGCGUUGGCAGGUCAAUGGGGUGCCAGUUCUGAGCAGAGACCUUAGGAGACAUGGUCGGUUUCCUCCAGCCCUCUUGAGCUCCUGGCAUCUGCCAUGAAAACAGCAUGCACCAGGGAGGGGCUGCCCCUUGAGCCUGAGUCUCAGAAUGAGAGCACCUGCACCCAUCGCUGCAUCUGGGAGUGGAGCCACAGCAGUCAGUCCCAAGGCGGUUUUGAAGCUAGGAGAAGUCCAAAAUCGAGGCAUCUGGUGCUGCCAGCGAUCCUUGCAGUUCCUUGGUGUGAUGGGCAGGUAACGGAGAAGACCUUCGCCUCCUCGCCAGGGAGUCAGAAUGACCGAGUGCUUCCUGCCCCCCACCAGCAGCCCCAGCGAGCACCGCAGGGUGGAGCCCGGCAGCGGUCUCACCCGGACCCCCAGCUCUGAGGAGAUCAGCCCGACCAAGUUCCCUGGGUUGUACCGCACUGGCGAGCCCUCACCUCCCCAUGACAGCCUCCACGAGCCUCCUGACCUAGUGUCUGAUGAUGAGAAAGACCAUGGGAAGAAGAAGGGAAAAUUUAAGAAAAAGGAAAAAAGGACGGAAGGCUAUGCUGCCUUUCAGGAAGAUAGCUCUGGAGAUGAAGCCGAAAGUCCUUCCAAAAUGAAGAGGUCUAAGGGAAUCCAUGUCUUUAAGAAGCCCAGCUUUUCUAAAAAGAAGGAGAAGGAUUUUAAAAUAAAAGAGAAACCCAAAGAAGAAAAACAUAAAGAAGAAAAGCACAAAGAAGAAAAACAUAAAGAGAAGAAGUCAAAAGACUUGACAGCAGCCGAUGUUGUUAAACAGUGGAAAGAAAAGAAGAAAAAGAAAAAGCCAAUUCAGGAGCCAGAGGUGCCUCAGGUUGACGUUCCGAAUUUCAGACCCAUUUUUGGAAUUCCGCUGGCUGAUGCAGCAGAGAAGACGAUGAUGUAUGAUGGCAUUCGGCUGCCAGCGGUUUUCCGGGAGUGUGUGGAUUACGUUGAGAAGUACGGCAUGAAGUGUGAAGGCAUCUACAGAGUUUCAGGAAUUAAAUCAAAGGUGGAUGAACUAAAAGCAGCGUAUGACCGAGAAGAGUCUCCAAACCUGGAAGAAUAUGAGCCGAACACUGUAGCCAGUUUGCUGAAGCAGUACCUGCGAGACCUCCCGGAGAACUUGCUCACCAAAGAGCUGAUGCCGCGGUUUGAAGAGGCUUGCGGGAGGAGCACGGAGGGCGAGAAGGUGCAGGAGGUCCAGCGCCUGCUGAAGGAGCUGCCCGAGUGCAACCAUCUCCUCAUCUCCUGGCUGAUCGUGCACAUGGACCAUGUCAUUGCCAAGGAGCUGGAAACAAAAAUGAACAUACAGAACAUUUCUAUAGUGCUCAGCCCCACCGUGCAGAUUAGCAAUCGUGUCCUAUAUGUGUUUUUCACACAUGUGCAAGAGCUCUUUGGAAACGUGGUUCUGAAGCAGGUGACAAAGCCUCUUCGCUGGUCUAACAUGGCCACAAUGCCCGCACUGCCUGCCACCCAGGAGAGCAUCAAGGAGGAGAUCAGAAGACAGGAGUUUCUCUUGAAUUGUUUACAUCGAGAUUUGCAGGGUGGAAUAAAGGAUUUAUCUAAAGAAGAAAGAUUAUGGGAAGUACAAAGAAUUUUGACAGCUCUUAAAAGAAAACUGAGAGAAGCUAAAAGACAAGAGUGUGAAACCAAGAUUGCACAAGAGAUAGCCAGUCUUUCAAAAGAGGAUGUUUCCAAAGAAGAAAUGAGUGAAAAUGAAGAAGUUAUAAAUAUUCUCCUUACCCAGGAGAACGAGAUCCUGACGGAGCAGGAGGAGCUCCUCGCCAUGGAGCAGUUCCUGCGCUGGCAGAUCGCUUCCGAGAAAGAAGAGAUAGAGCGUCUGCGAGCCGAGAUUGCCGAAAUUCAGAGCCGUCAGCAGCAUGGUCGAAGUGAAACGGAGGAAUAUUCCUCUGAAAGUGAGAGUGAGAGUGAAGAUGAAGAGGAGCUGCAGAUCAUUCUGGAAGAUUUACAGAGACAGAAUGAAGAGCUGGAAAUAAAAAACAAUCAUUUGAAUCAAGCAAUUCAUGAAGAGCGAGAGGCCAUCAUCGAGCUGCGAGUGCAGCUCCGGCUGCUCCAGAUGCAGCGAGCCAAGUCCGAGCAGCAGUUGCCGGAAGAGGAAGAGCCGGAGAAGCGAGGGGGCGUGGUCCCACCACCCAGGGACAGUGUCCUCGAGACAAAAGCAGCUAAGGAGCAGCCAAAGGCAGCCAAGGAGCAAGUCAAGCCAUCACCAAGCAAAGACAGGAAGGAAACACCAAUCUGAGCAGCCCUGUGGGAUCACCACAGAAUCCUCCAGACCUAAAAAGACCUGUGCAUCUUACUGUAACACUGAGAAUCCCCGUGCACAACUCUCCUGCGGUGUACAGUCUGUGAAAUGUCUUUUAUUCUCAGAGCUCUGCUCUCUCUUACACUAAGGACUUCUACCCGUCAGGCUCAGGUUACAUGGGGGGCAAAGCAUUGCAAGCAUUUGGGGCUUGGAGGGGACAGAUGAGUUUUCCAUAUAAUGUCAGUUUAUUUGAAGAUUAGUUUUCUUUGACUUAACUAUUUUAAAACCCUUGAGUGGCUUCUUUUUAAACCAAAAAUCGUCUUUCUUUGCUUUUUUAUCACAGCAGAAUCAGGAUCUCUUUCUCUCAUUCAAGGGGGAAAAUAACAGAAGUUGAAUACUGUAUACCUGCCUUGUGGGUUGGUCCAUUGUCUCUCCGUCAGGAUUUCUGCUUACCUGGUCACUCUUGCUUGUGCCUUUAUACCUUUUCGGUGCAGAUUAUGUAAUGGAGCCGCCUCCAAUUUCCAACUGGCCAGAAAGGCCCUUACUGGGAGUCACCGUGGCCCACCUUGUCUGUUACAUUUUACACUCUCCACCACAGUCAACACAUCUGUAUCCCCAGCGGCCUUGCACUGCCAACAGAUGGCGCCACGGAAGGUGCCGGGCAGCCCAGUGCAGUGCGCCUGCCCUUCUUCUUGAUCCUGGCUGCCAGGGGUCAGCAGGUGUUGUCCACUGAGUUGGUCAGAGGUGGUGGCCCUGCCCGAGUCCGUCCACACAGAGUCUGUUUCUGUUUCUGUAAGGCAGGAAGGCUUGCGUGGCUCUCUCGGGCUGGGGCAUGCCUUAUCUUGGUGAAUCCACUAAUGGGCUCCCCAGCUGACAGGAUUGAAUAAGAAAAAUAAAUACUGCUUUACCUGGUGAUGACAGCUAGGGCCUCCCCACCUGGUUUUCUGGCUUCAACACGAGUCUAGAUGAUCUGAGGCUUCUGGCAGGCCGGGUCCUGAGGCCGCAGUGCCCCCUGCACCCCAUCAGGAUAGAUGGCAGCCGGAGACGGCUCCCGAGCGCAUGGCUGUGACAUGAACCCCAUCCCCCAAGGUGACGAAAGAGACCCCAAGAGUGCUCUAGCCUCACCUCCUCCCAGUAUUUAUUUUCAGCACCUGUUUGAUGUGGUUUUUUAUCCUCUGCCUAUUGCACUGUUGUGACUUGUUGGCCAUUAUUUGAUUUUUGUACGAAAAAAAGCUUUGUUAUAGAAAUCAGCAUACUAUUUUUUUAAAUCUGGAGAAGAGAUAUUAUGGUGACUGAAAAUAUGGUCAGGUGUCAAAUAUAAAUGUAUAAAGCCUUCUCACUGUCCUGUCAUACUGCAUUCAUUUUAUAUUUGCUGGCAAUAUCAAAGGUUUCUUUUCUGUUGGUGUAAACUCUUAAUUUCUAUCAAGGUGUCUUGGAUUUUUAAAAUUAGUAUUUCAUUGUAAACAUCUCAAUGUUGGUUAACUAAUUUUUUCCGGGACCAUUGUUGAUCAAGCAAAUAAAUUCAACAGCCAUUUGGGGGAAAAAAAGCUGCUGGUUUUCUGUGCAUCCCCUGUGAAAUCAUCAAGGUGGCUGGUAAGGAGGUGGUUUAAGUAGUUCUUUGAAGUCCAAAAAUGUUUUUUUUCAAAUAGCUAGUGGAUCCCUAAGGGGACUGAGACUCGUACCCACAGUGCAUGCUGGGCCCUCCCCCAAAGGAGCCCGGAAACAGGCUGCCGACCGGGUCCGGAGGGGCUGACGCUUACUUAGCAAAGGGAGUUAUUCCAUCUCACCCCUAAGCCAACCAUUAUUCACUGCUGGAUAUUAAAUACCUAUCAU